AUGGCUGGAAGAAACGAUGUUGUAAUUGAUGCUGCCUUGGAGGUUGUUGCUCAGGCUAUGCAAAAUCAUCAUAAUGUUGGGGGGAUUGACGAAUCUCGAAGUUUGAGUAUAUUCCAGAGGGAGAUUAUUCCUACUUUUAGAGCGCAUAAGGUACGCAAUGAUACUUAUAUGCUGGAUGGAGAAGCUGGCGACUGGUGGAUUGACACUCGUCAGAGAUUGGAGGUUGUUGGUGAGACCCGUAGGUUUGCAGAACUGGUGAAUAGUCGUCGGAUUUACAAAGAAGAUAACAUUGAUCAAUUAGGUCAUUACAAGAGUUUGAAUGAGAAGAGGGGAAAACCACAUCAUGACCGUAAGAAGCGUCAUGAUGCUCUAGCUGAAAAAGGGAAACCGAAGGUUUUUGAUUGGAAGAAGACAAGUGAGGGAGGCGCUCCCGCUCCUAUCAGAUGUUACAUGUGUGGUGAACAAGGUCAUCGUUCCAAUGAAUGUGAUAACAAGGUGCUGAGAUGUUACAAAUGUGGUAAGACCGAUCACCGUGCUCCUGACUGCAAGGACGAUGGUCCGACUUGUUUUAAUUAUGGUGAACAGGGUCAUAUUAGUACCCAGUGUCAGAAGCCAAAGAAGGAUGCUAAUUCUGCCAAGACUAACGGUCGUGUGUUUGCUCUGAGCGGAACAGAGAACUCCAAGAAGGACAACUUGAUUCAAGGUACUUGUUUUAUUAACGGUGUUGAACUAAUUGCUAUUAUUCAUACUGGUGCUACUCAGUCGUUUAUUUCACUUGAUUGUGCCACUAUGUUAGAAUUGAAAUUAUCUUCCAUUGAUGGUAGUAUGAUAAUAUAUACUCCUGCAAGUGGUACUGUUACUACUACUUUUGUUUGUUUGGGAUGUCCUUUAACUAUCUUUAGUAAGAGUUUUGUGAUGGAUUUGUUGGAGUUCAAUUAUGCUCAUAUCAACUGUUAUAAUAAAACUAUGAGAUUUCCUGACUUUGAGGAUGGUGGAGAGCUCAUGUUCUUGUCGGCCAACAAUUUCAUGAAGUACAAAAACAUUCUCUGGGAUGGAUUGCAAGAGUGGGAAAAUAUUCCAAGGUUGGUUCCUUAA